AAUCAGCGUUCGUGAUUUAUUUAAGACAAAAAAUUUCUAAUUCUCUAUACAAAUAUUUUAUAUCGUAUUCAUACAUGUACAUAAUUGUAUUAGUUCAUUGUUAGAAAAUAAUUUUGUUAUCGGUUGUGUUGAUUAAAUUAAAAGAUGAUUAUUAUAUUUUAUUGAAAAGUCGUUUUGAUUUUAAAAUUAUUUUUUUUUGGUUUACAAUGGAGCCUGUAAAUAUUACUAGUACUACAACGGCAUCAAGGUUUCAAAGGAACAAAAUGUUCAGGUUCUUAUUGGAGCCAGCAGUAUUUUUAAUAUUUUUCGGGAUAUAUCUAUCUGUUAAUUUUCAGCAACCGUAUUUCAAACUCAUUUAAUGCAAGAAACUUGUAAAAACAUUUUUAAAUUUAAUAGCACUGACUGUGAUAAAUUGGGAACCGAGGAAAUAGAAUCAGAUAGUACCAAAGCAAUAAAUUUGGUAACUCAACCAUAUGUUGCUAAAAUAUUUAUGGUAAAAUCAAUUAUGGAGAGCGUAGUUCCGGCAAUUGACAGUUUAUUUGUUGGGCCUUGGUCAGAUAAAUUUGGUAGAAAGCCAGUGAUAAUAACAGGUCUAGUAGGUUAUUUUCUUAGCUUCACUAUAUUGUCUGUGAUAACGUUGUUUUCACUGAGUUUCGUUAUAUAUCCAUGGUAUUAUAUAAUUGUAUGUCUACCAGUUUUAGCUUUAGGCGGAAUAUGCUGUUUAAUAUCUGGUAUAUUAUGCUAUAUAGCUGAUGUUUGCAAGCAAGAUAACUUGGCGUUUAGGUUAGUAACAAACGAGGCUUCAAUAUUUCUUGGUUCUUUUUGUGGAAAUUUACUAAGUAGUUAUUUUCUAAGUUAUUCAAGUCCUCUUUGUAUAUAUAUAACUUCAACUUUAGCUGUGUUUCUAGCAAUUUUGUAUGUGAUAUUCUUUGUUAAAGAAGGUGUACAUUCUAAUGGUCGCACGAAAACGGAAAUGUUUUAUGGGCUAUUCGACUUUAGUUUAGUCAAAGAAAUGUUAUCAACUUGUUUUGAAAGACGAGCGAAUUACGAUCGGGCUAUAAUAUGGCUUACUAUGUUAAGUUCGGUUAUCACUAUUUUUAUUAUGGAGGGAAGUGGUACCGUGAUGUAUCUUUUUGCAUUGGAAAAAUUUAACUGGACUAUAACAGAAUAUACUAGAUAUGACGCAAUCGCUAUCGCUAAUUUGACAAUUGGAAAUGUUUUUGGAGUAUAUAUAAUGCAAAAGAUUUUUAAAUUUUCGGUUACAACCUUGGCUUUGCUAGGAAUUGCGAGUGCUGUAUUGGAUUCAGUAGUUAAGGCAACAGCUACAUACUCAUGGGAAAUGUAUUUAGCAAUGGCUCUUGGUAUGUUAAGAGGCAUCGCAGGUCCAAUGAAGAGAGCAAUUUUAUCCCAUGUUGCACCACAACAUGAUCUAGGGAAAAUAAUGUCUUUCACAGUAUCUUUGGAAUCAGUUUCUACUUUAGCUGCUGCACCAUUGUAUACCUUUAUUUAUACUUCAACUAUUCAAACUUAUUGCGGUGCAUUUAACUUUUUUAGUACCGCCCUUUAUUUUAUAUGCUACAUUUUCAUAUCAACUGUUUAUGGAAUUCAAAAAGUCAAUUCGCUCAGUUCAUAUGAAACAAUAAGUUAACAACUUUCAUAAAAAAGGGUAAAUUUAAGGAUAUCAACAGCUUCCAUAAAAUGUGGUAAAUAGCUUUUCAAGUGCUUUACACAACUAAACGAAUUUGCGGCUUUGUGACCAAAAAUAAAACAAAAAAUUUCAAUAUUACAUAAGUAUACACGUAUUAUGACUAUACGUAAUUAUAUAUAUAUAUAUGUACAUAUAUAAAUAAAUAUUUGGGCUAAUGAAUUAAC